AUGUAUGUUUUUUCAUUUUUUCAGGCUCGCCAACGUGAAAAAGUAACAGAAGAACAUAAUGUUCGUUUAUCAUCAACAGUUGAUAAAUUACUUGCUGAAUCUAAUGAACGUUUACAAGUACAAUUAAAAGAACGUAUGCAAUUAUUAGAAGAAAAAAAUAAUUUUGCACAAGAAAAUGAAAAAUUAAAAAAACACUUAGAUGAAAAACAAAAUGAACGAGUAAAUUUAAUUUAUUAA